AGAAGGGCGUGUAGGAGGAAAAUGUAUUAUCUGGGCGGAGUGUUCAUGGGUCAAGCUCAGGUCCACCGUGUGCGUAAAUCAGAGAAGCAGGUUCCUGUUUUUGUCAAUACAUCAAUACCAUUUGACAAGUUUGGCACAGAGAAACAUCUCCGAUCUGUUUCUGAGGUCAUCUGCUAAACGACAUUAGUCUCUAAUAGGACAAGAAGUCAGUUGUCACAUUUUGCUGCAACAUGUCGGCUCCAGAUUAUUCAUCCCCACACCAGGCUCCAUACCCCAUGCCCCAAAUGGGAGACUCUGUGCCCCCCUACCCAGGAGGGGGUUACGGGGAUCAUGGUCCUCCACCUGCGGGAUUCUACAUGGGCUACCAACCCAACCCAAAUCAACCAGUCAUGUACCAGCCAAGCCCGGGUGGUCCACCACAACAACCAAUCCAGAUGAAUGCAUAUGCAGGUGAAGCUCCAUUACCCACUGGCCCUUCUGCAGCAGCACCUUUAGCAGUGCCAGUAGGAGUACCACCAGGUCUAGAAUAUUUAACGCAGAUUGACCAGAUCCUGAUUCACCAGAAAGUCGAGUUGUUGGAAGCGUUCAUUGGCUUUGAAACUAACAAUCAAUAUGAGAUCAAGAACAGCGUGGGCCAGAAGAUUUACAAGGCCAAAGAGAAGAAUGACUGCUGCACACGUAACUGCUGUGGUUCACUGAGAAGCUUUGACAUGAAGAUUAAAGACAACAUGGAUCGGGAGGUCAUACGGCUGAUUCGCCCUUUUCGCUGUGCCUCCUGCUGGUGCCCAUGCUGCAUGCAAGAGCUGGAAGUGCAGGCACCCCCUGGCACCACCAUCGGAUAUGUGACCCAAGACUGGCAUCCUUGUUACCCAAAAUUCUCCAUCAAGGGUGCCAACAAAGAGACUCUGAUGAAACUAGAGGGACCCUGUUUAGCCUGCAACUGCUGUGGGGAUGUCCACUUUGAGCUGAAAAGCAAGGAUGGAGGAAAGUCUAUUGGUCGAAUCAGUAAGCAGUGGAGUGGACUACUAAAGGAGGCGUUCACUGACGCAGACAACUUCGGCAUCCAGUUUCCCAUGGACAUGGAUGUGAAAAUGAAAGCUGUCCUGAUGGGUGCUUGCUUCCUUAUUGAUUUCAUAUUCUUUGAAAAAGUGGGAGACUCCAACCAACGUAACACGGUCUUCUCUUAGAGAAGUCGACAUUCUCCAACGUGCCUUCUUCCAAUAAUUCAUUCCUGUUUUUUUUAUCCAUUUCCUGUUGCUCAAACCCAGGAGCCUUAGGCCUUUUCACAGACUUACUGCUUUCUCUCAUUUUAUAAGAAUCACACCUGAACUAUAGGAAACAAAAUGAUGUUUGUAUAACACGGGAAUGUUGUCAACCCAAACCAGUCUUUCAUGUUCACCCAUGUUUGUCACAAGUGAUAUGCAUGCCAUUUUCUUGACUAACUUAAUGCCUUCUAGUUUAAAAUGAUUUGUAUGCACUUGUUGACUUCUAUCACUUUUUGCUUGUCACAGUCAUAGUGUAAUUUUCUUAUAAAUUGGAUAGACAUUUGUAAAUCAAGGUUUUGCCGUCUUGUUCAAAAACCACUUUUGUUACCAUCAAAUCUUUCUUUUCAAAUAUUUUCUAUGGUUUUUUGAGGACACUAACAAUGCUACAGUGUACCUCUUAUCUACAAUCGCAAAGAUUUAUAUUUUUUUGUGACAUGUUAUAUACAUAAGUUAGACAAAAGAUGUAAUGUAGUCUAGAAAUACUUUUCUUUCCUUAACUCUUAAUCUCCAAAGGUCUGUCUGUGGUUCCAGGUACACACCUCUCCUUAUUUUCAUUAGAUAGUGUUAAUUUAGAUACUUAUAGUAUUUUUUAAACAAUACAAUUGAUAAAUAACUACAUAACCUGGGCAGUAAAGGGUUUACUCAUAGGCUCCCAAAUAUUAAUGUACCAGUUGGUGAGGAAAAACUGAGCAGUAACUGGGAGGACUCCACUGCUGGAAAUUCUUUUAUUUCCAUUAUUUUGUGUUCCCUGUGGUGGAUGAUGACAUGCUUAAAGAACCCACAGUGUGUGGAGAAGGAAAAAGUGUACAGCAACAGACUUUUGUCAAAUGUAUGUGUUCAGCAUAACAGGAAGUACCUUAAACUGUUUUUAAUAACCAUAUAAGUGUAAUUGGUGCCUGUAAAGAUGCACCUGAUGAUGUCAGUGAGACUUAUCACUUUAAAAUGUGGUCUAAUUUGCUUGUCAAAAGCAAAUCUUUACACAACUAAUUUAUGCUUCUAAUCUUGCUUUGCACAAGUGCCUGAACCGUCCAUAUUAUUUUCACCAAAAGCUAAAGUAUAGCCAAUUUUUUUAUUAUUUGAGUAAAACUAAGGCUUUCAGAAGGUUUCAGAAAAAUAAAGUAUAAUGUUAUUAGUAUUACCCUGAAGAAGGUUUACCUCAUCCUGCACAAAAACCUACCUUUGUAUGUCAAAAUAUGCAUGUACAUGUAUGUAUCAUGAACUGUAAAAUUACUUGAUAACUUUGAGAAGGCUUUACUCACCCGUGAUAAUAAACAACUAAUAAACUACA